AGGCGCGCGGGGCAACUCGGCAGCAUGGCGUCCGUGGCGCUGAGCGAGGCGGAGAAGGUGUACAUCGUGCACGGCGUCCAGGAGGACCUCCGUGUGGAUGGCCGUGGCUGCGAGGACUACCGGUCCAUCGAAGUGGAAACUGAUGUGGUGUCCAACACAAGUGGGUCUGCCAGGGUCAAGCUGGGCCACACGGACAUCUUGGUAGGAGUGAAAGCAGAAAUGGGAACGCCGAAGCUAGAGAAACCAAACGAAGGCUACUUGGAGUUCUUUGUUGACUGUUCAGCCAAUGCCACCCCUGAAUUUGAAGGCCGAGGAGGUGAUGACCUUGGCACAGAGAUUGCAAACACGCUGUACCGGAUAUUUAACAAUAAGAGCAGCGUCGACCUGAAGUCCCUCUGCAUUAGUCCUCGGGAGCACUGCUGGAUCCUCUACGUGGAUGUGCUGCUGCUGGAAUGUGGUGGAAACUUGUUUGAUGCCAUCUCCAUUGCUGUAAAGGCUGCCCUCUUCAAUACAAGGAUACCAAAGGUUCGCGUCCUGGAGGACGAAGAGGGGUCAAAGGACAUUGAACUUUUCGAUGACCCGUAUGACUGCAUCCGGCUGUGUGUGGAGAAUGUCCCCUGCAUUGUCACUCUGUGCAAGAUCGGCUAUCGGCACGUGGUGGAUGCCACUCUUCAGGAGGAGGCCUGCUCCUUGGCCAGCUUGCUAGUGUCCGUGACCAGCACGGGGGUUGUGACGUGCAUGAGGAAAGUGGGGAAGGGCAGCCUGGACCCAGAGAGCAUCUUCGAGAUGAUGGAGACUGGCAAGCGAGUGGGCAAGGUGCUGCACACCUCCCUGCAGAGUGUCCUGCACAAGGAAGAAAGCCUGGGGCCCAAGAGACAGAAAGUCGGAUUCCUGGGCUGACUUGCACACCACACCCUCACCAUGGAUUGUUUUUUACUUUUCUUUUCACACCAAAGGUUGUAUACAUUUUUCUUAACUGUUGUGAAUUUAAGGCAAUAUUUGCACCUGUAAAAUUAAAGUCUAUUUUCUGGU